AUGAGUCGACAUCUGCACCUUGGCCCUCUGGUGGAGAAGACGAUCUCUUGCGCAAGCGCUCAAUUUGCCCACUGUGUGGAGAUCAGUGCGCCACGUCUUUUGGCCGUUCGCGAUUUCCUUGGCCCUCUUGCGGAGAAGACGAUCUCUAGCGCGAGCGCCCACGUUGCUCACUAUUUUGGAAGCAACCAAAGAGACCGCAGACUUGGGCCUACCGAAGGCGGCAGAGAGCUUGGUGGACGAAGAGGCAGAGACAGCAGAGACAGAGGCGGGACAGACGGAAGGGAGACGGAGACAACAGAGACAGGAGAGGAGUUGCAAGGGAGCGAGCAGGACUCGGAGGAAGCUGAGGCGGAGGGAUUGGUGGAAGCGGCCACCAAGAGCUUGGUGGAGGUAGAGGCGGCAGAGACCGUGGAGACGACGGAGACGGGUGAGGAGUUGCAAGGGAACAAGCAGGGAGAGAGUACGUUGGAGAGCGGAAGUGCGCCAGAAACAAGCUUGGAGGUAGGAAACACCUACAAGUUUGCAAGGAGGCACUAUGGAGAUGAAGUGCUAGGCAUAUGGCCUUCCUCCUUGUUGUCAACAUGAUGGUGAUGGCCCUUGACCAAUUACAAAGGUGAGUGACACAACCAUUUGCAUCAUAUCUUGUUGAACUAUUUGCCACUGCUUGUCCGCGGCUAUCUAGAUCCUUCCAUCCUCAACUGUCACCUCACGGACUUGACCCUCUUUUUGUCAGUCCUCAACUUCUUGGCUUCGUAUUUUCUGAAAUGGUACUUCAAGCAAUCCCGCAAACCGCCCAGAACCACCCCUUCUCUUUGACACUCUUUCUUUGUCAUCUCUAUCAGCGCAAUUCUCACAAUCUUAAAUCUAGCUCCACAGCAUUGCAAAGAAGGGACAUGACACUAGCAAAUGUGGGCGUGGAUGGCAAGGACAAAGGGGGAGGGCAGCUCAAC